UGACCGGAGGCCAGCUGAUCAUCACGGACCCGAGAGUCGGACAAGAUCACGACGAUCAGCUAGAUCUGUGUUUCUAAAUCCUGCAAGAGCAUCAACGGGGUUUCUGUAGUAUAUGUAUGGGCUGACACAGAAUAUAACAAAAGGUAACGUGUCAGUGUUCAUUUUAGGAGACGGAAGUAAACAGAAGACCGCAGUCAUCGACCAAAGGACGAGAAGAUGUCUGGAAAAGAAAGGAUCGACAUAUUCCCCUCUAGAAUGGCUCAGACCAUCAUGAAGGCUCGGCUGAAAGGGGCGCAGACCGGCCGCAACCUGCUCAGGAAGAAAUCUGAUGCCCUCUCCAUGCGCUUCCGUCAGAUCCUCCGCAAAAUUAUCGAAACUAAGACAAAGAUGGGAGAGGUGAUGAGAGAGGCGGCCUUCUCUUUGGCUGAAGCCAAAUUUACAGCCGGAGACUUCAGCACAACUGUAAUCCAGAAUGUCAACAAAGCUCAAGUGAAGGUCCGAGCCAAGAAAGACAACGUGGCAGGUGUCACCCUUCCAGUGUUUGAGCACUACCAAGAAGGCGGGGACAGUUAUGAGUUGACUGGUCUGGCCAGAGGAGGAGAGCAGCUCUCCAGGUUGAAGAGGAACUACGCCAGAGCUGUUGAGCUGCUGGUGGAGUUGGCCUCCUUACAGACAUCUUUUGUCACUCUGGAUGAAGCUAUAAAGAUUACCAACCGCCGUGUGAACGCUAUCGAGCAUGUGAUUAUUCCGCGGAUUGAUCGCACCCUCACCUACAUCAUCACAGAGCUGGAUGAGAGAGAACGAGAGGAGUUCUACAGGCUGAAGAAAAUCCAAGAGAAGAAGAAGCAGCUCAGGGAACGGACAGAACUGGAGAUUGCCGACCGCCUGGCUAAGCUGGGUCCCAUCGCAGAACCCACCAACUUGCUGACGGAGGAGACUGAUGAAGACAUGCUGUUCGAGUGAAGCACUCUAAAGGCACAGACUUCACCCAUCAUCCUAUUUAUUCUCUCAGGCCAUGUCUACGUCUUCUCACGCAAGUGAUGAAAGUUGUUUUUUUUUGUGUGCUUGUCUGUGAUGAUUUGCCCUGUUGUUUAAGUGCUGGGAGGUUCUGUGUGUUUCCAGAUUUGUCACUGUACAGAACCAAAGUGUUGUUACACUUGGCUGUUAACCACAAGAGUAACUAAAUAUAAGUGUGUUUACACAUGGUUUGCGUGUGAAAUUGAAGCAUUCCAUGUGACGGAUCAACUUGUAGAUAUUUCAGUUUCCUCACAACAUUUAGAGCCAUUGCAUGCUGUAAAGCUUAACGUGGUUGUGGAUUGUGUGAGUCGGUGUUGUGGAGGCCUGGCCCGCCAAGGUCACGGGGUUGUUGUUACCUCAAGGAUGUUUACCGUUGUACCAGAAAACCCCAAGGAGACCCCGCUGUAAAACUUAGUGCAAGUCAACAAAGCCCUACACUUAAUCCAAAUAAAGAUGUUACCAAUAUUCAA